UUUAUAAAUAUUUUAUUAUAUAACACCUAGCAAUCACAUACAAUUAGUUUAAGCCACUUUUCGGUCUAUUCCACAACUUAUACAAUAGCAAUACAAAUUUAGGUUGACGAAUGCAUGUUAGGCAAAAAAAUAUAAAUAAGAAACGACCAUCCACAGUUUAGAUAAAACGUCCUUAGACACAAUUCAAAACUACUAUGAAACCCAUUAGUGUUAUCUGCCUGUUGUUUGCACUGUUCGGCGGGGCAUUGGGCGCAUUCGAUCCUGUUUGCUUUUUGGAACAUUCUGUUCCAGGGCCGUGUAAGGCAUAUUUUCUAAGAUGGAGCUUCAAUGGUGAGAGCUGCGUCUCUUUCGUCUAUGGAGGUUGUCAGGGUAAUGCCAAUAAUUUUAAAACCGAGGCAGAAUGUAAUUCGAUAUGUGGAAGCGAUUUAUAAAAGAGAGGUAUACAUUUUAUCAAAGUCCUCAAAUCAAUAAUGCAAGCUUUUUAUAAUUUUUUGUAUUACCUUCUUUUGUGUUGUCUUUUGAAAACGAACAUCUACAAUAAAAGAGUGUAGUAUACAUAAUUUUA